CUUGUCUUUCGAAGGAGGUCGAGAAGCCCUUGUCUUUCGAAGGAGAUCGGAAACACUUUCUUUCAAGGGAGAAAAGUUCCUCCCAAAAGGAGGAAACAUUAUUAUAACCUAAAAAAAACUUUUAAAGUAACAAGGAUGGGGGCUUUCCACCGGUUAAAAGAUGAUGGCUCUCCACCGGUUAAAACCGACGGAAGCCCCUUCAAAAAAUAACAAUGGAGACUAGAGUUGAGAAGAGAGGAAGGAGGAGAGAGGAGAGAAUUUUAUUUAUUUUUUUUUAUUUUUUAUACUUAGUGCGUAUUAUUGUAGAUUAUCUUAAAAUUAGCUAGUAAUAUAUAUACUAAUUAAUUAAUUUUUUAAUGUAUCACGGAGUAUUAUUUUUAAUUUUUUAGUAUUUGGAAAAAAGAUAAUAAUAAACAAAAAUGAGAUAAAAAAAAAUUAACAAAUAGGCUGAUUUAAGUAAUUUUCCCCUUUUAUCCAACAAAAUUGUCUUAGUUAUUUUAUAUAACAGAAUUUGUAUGUUUUCUAGACCUUCCUUUGAGCUUUGACCAUGAGAGUUCUUAUUUGUUAGGCUGUUACCUGACUUCUAAUUGUAAGAGUUGAAAAAACAGAAUGAAGAAAAUUUUAAGAACAUAGAAUUUAAGAACAUAGAAUUUGACAAAAAAUAAUCAAACAAACCAAGGAAAAGAAAAUUGGGGUCGGAAGAUGAAAAUUAUCAUAAUGAAAUUAGUAUAAAUUAGGUGAUCAUAUCACUACUAUAAGUUCAAGGCAGUUAAUUACUACUACUAGUCUAAUACUGAGCGAGCUAGCUUAUUACUUAACAAGCAAAAAUCUUCUUAAAUUUUGCAGCACCAAAAAUCAACAUAGUUGUAACAAUGGCUGCUGAUCUUCCAUACAUGGAAAACCAUGUUAUCGAUUUUUCUCUCCUCUCAUCUCCGUCUCCUGAUGUGGUGGCCAACGAAUUGAAGAAACUUCAUGCUGCUCUCAGCUCAUGGGGUUGCUUCCAGCUUGUAAACCAUGGCAUGUCUGUGGAAUACUUGGACAAAGUUCGAAAUGUUGGGUUCGAAUUCAAUCGAGUGCCUCAAGAGGAGAAAGAAAAAUAUGCAAGGACAGCAACAGAACCUCAAGGUUAUGGCAAUGACUCAAUCACUUCAAACAAUGUACCUCUCGUAUGGCAGUCUCGCUUACGGCUCACAACCUACCCUUUUGAGGAACGCCAACUUGAACGUUGGCCUCAAACUCCUCAGUCUUUUAGGGAAGUUUUGGAAGAGUACAGUAUGAACGUGAAAACGUUGCAUGACAAAUUGAUCCAAUAUAUGGCACGAUGUUUGAACUUGGAAGAGAAUAGUUUUGUGGAAGAAUAUGGAGGAACAUUACAAGUGAUUUCGAGAUUUAAUUUCUACAUACCAUGUCUUUAUAUUGACCAAAUUCGAACCUCGAGCAAACAUGCAGACUCGGCUGCCAUGACUUUUCUAUUGCAAGAUAAAGAACUUGAAGGCCUUGAAUUUGAGAAAGAUAACGAGUGGUUUAAAGCUCCCGUUCUUCCUCAUGCUAUCUUUGUCAAUGUUGGCGACCAAAUGGAGAUAAUGAGCAACGGCAUCUUCAAAAGUGCGAUACAUAGAGUGGUGCCAAACCCGGAAAAGGAAAGGAUCUCUCUACCAUUGUUUUGCGGCCCUGCUCAACAUAAGGAAAUCGGACCUCUGAAAGCUUUGAUAACGAAAGAUCAACCAGCUAUUUACAAAAGCGUGAAAAAUUACAAUGAAAUCUUUUUUCGCUACCAUCCCACGGGCAUUAGACCCAUCACAACUGUUAAGAUGACCUAAGCUAAUUGAAAGAAUAUAAAACCAACCAUUGAUUGGUUUUAUUUUCCAUCACUAUUAUAUAAUAUACUUUGAUACAAUGUUCUAAAUAAAUGUUAUACAAAUAUACAUGAAUUUGUAGGUUUCAUGUAAUAUGUAGCUACCUUUUGUAGUUUUGCACGUAUAACCCUUGCAUUUGUUAUGUAGUUGUGUAUGUACCAAAUAAAUUAUAUAUGUCGUGGUUUA